CUGGCCUUUUCUGAUUAGGUGGAAGAAACUUUAAACCACUAACAUUAACAAAAGUCUUUUUCUUUUAAAGAAAUUUUUAUACUUUCAUUUCGGUCCCAAAAUAAUUAUCCAAGUUAAAUUUGUACUACAAAUUGUAAAUCAAAAUGAAAAUUUUAAACCAGAUAAUCAUUUUUAUUAGAACAGAUUGGGUACAUGAAUUUGUUUUCAUCAAAAUGCAUCUAUAAAUACAUAUCAUUUUGCAUUUCUGAUAAGUCAGUCAAUGUUUCUACACACAGCAGUCUCAACACAUUUAGUGACUUACACCACAUAUAUUUGGCCCUCAUUAUGCUGAAAAGUUUUUGCCCAAAACCAAGACAUAAUAUGGCCACAUGGAAUCUAUUUCUUGUAAUAAUGCUGAUGGAUAUUAUGGUAAGUGGGUGGAGGUUUGGGUUCGGAGCUGAUGGUUUGAGCAUGCAAUACUACUCAUUUUCUUGUCCACCAGCUGAAGGGAUUGUAAGAGACACUGUCAAUAAGGCUUUGAGAUCUGAUCCUACUCUUGCAGCUGCCCUUAUUAGGAUGCAUUUUCAUGACUGCUUCAUCCAGGGAUGUGAUGCUUCAAUUUUGAUCGAUUCUACAAAAGAUAAUGUUGCUGAAAAGGAUUCCCCGGCGAAUUUGAGCUUAAGGGGUUAUGAGGUGAUAGAUGAUGCAAAAGAACAACUUGAGCAGUUGUGUCCUGGAGUUGUUUCUUGUGCUGAUAUUGUUGCUAUGGCUUCUACUGCUGCUGUUUUCUUUGCUGGAGGUCCCUAUUAUGACAUACCAAAGGGAAGAAAAGAUGGGAGAAUAUCAAAAAUAAUGGACACUAUUAAUCUGCCCGCACCCUCCUUGAAUUCCUCAGAGCUCAUCAAAAUGUUUGGUCAGCAUGGGUUUACUGCACAAGAAAUGGUUGCUUUAUCAGGUAAUUAACCUAAUAUCAUUUCACGAAUCUCACUAGAUUGGUCUUUUUUAAACCCAUCUUUACAAAAUACAAAUUAAAGACUCUAUUGGUCUUAUAAUGUAAAAAUGUAACAUUUUAAGAUAACGCAGACACAAAACCAUAUAGUGUGUUUGAAAGAUAACUUUCAAAGGAGCUAAAUUCGUUAGGUUUAUUAACAAAAGAUAUUUGACACUAUAUAGGUUAAUACAUGAAAAUGAAAAUUCAAAAAAAAAAAAAAAUUGUUACAUGAAAAGCAUACAAACAUUAACAAAUAUAAAUUUUACGUCUUAUUAUCAGACAGACAUGUUUAUAGAAUUCAAAUCGCCAUUGCUUGUGAAAUUAACUCUUAAUGAAAACAAAUACUUAAAACCAUUCUAUAACAAUAAUUUAAUUCGUUGAACUGAAAAUAUGAUCACGAAACAGAACGAGUAGAUUUUGUUUUCUUUACUGACAUCUUUUAUUCAUUUGGUGUAGGGGCACACACACUAGGAGUGGCAAGAUGUUCAUCAUUCAAACAAAGAUUGAGUAAUUUUGACUCAACCCACGAUGUGGAUCCAACCAUAGACGCACAAUUCUUGAAAACAUUAUCAAAGACAUGUAGUGGGGGUGACAAUGCAGAGCAAAACUUUGAUUCCACUCGUAACACUUUCGACAAUGACUAUUUCAACCAAUUGCAACUCAAAUCCGGGGUUCUCUUUUCUGACCAAACCCUAUUCAUGAGUCCCAAAACUAAGCCUAUUGUCAAUGGCUAUGCCCUUAAUCAAGCCAUGUUCUUCAUGGAUUUCCAACAAGCCAUGCUCAAGAUGAGUUUGCUUGAUGUCAAAGAAGGGUCCAAAGGGGAAGUAAGGGCCAAUUGUCGUAAAAUCAACUGAUUUCUUUUACUUUCUUCUUCUUAAAUAUGUCCAACAAAAAAUACGUGAUGUGAUUAUUAAGAACUUGUUCCGAAGCCAUAUUGUGAUUAUGUAAGUACUUAUUUCUCUCAUUACAUAUGCUAGCUUAUGUACGUGUUCCAUCAUCUUCAAAUAUAAUGCCAUAUAUCUAGUGUUUACAUGUAGUCUUGAUUAAAAAAAAUAUAAUGUAUGGCCUCUCUUUUGUUUCUAAGUUUGUUUGCAUUGUACUUUGCAUUUUCUUCGAAGAAGACAAGUAUACAAUAUUUUUCUGGUAUAUAAGUAAAAAUGACAAACAUUUUUUUUAAAAAAAUGAAAUUUAUUAAAAUUAAUGAGAAUGGAAAACCUAUGUGCACGCAAAACACACAUUGAGUGUGGAAAACCUAAUUCAAAGUUGGUUUAUCUAUAAGUUUCUAGAAUUUCCUCGAAAUCAUAGAACUCCAACAAUCAUGUCACUCGAGCGGAAGAAUGGCGAUCGACA